AUGGACGUGUACAGGAUUGGCCAGGGACCUUUUCGUGGGCUGAUCUGCGUAUAUUCGGACGACGACGCCUUAGAAAUUUUCCAACGGGCGAAGAAUCUCGCGUGCGAGUGUGCUGGCUUGGCUUCGACCUCAGAGGCCAAGGAGUCACACCCACAUGAACUCCAGCAGUUGUUGAAAACAACCGAUUUUUCCUCAUGUCACUGGCAAUAUCUGGAAACAGCUGAUGCGCGGGGCUUGGGGUUGGGAAGCAACAAGCAGAAGUACUCCCGAGCCGCUUUUCUGGCCUUGGCCCUGGACAAGGCUCGCCACGCCCAUUCGGCUCCUUCGAUCUUGCGGGAAGCCUUGGAGUCGCUAAGGAGCGCCGCUGACCUCGAACAUGCGCGCAUGCGGACAUCAGAGCCAAGAACAUCACAAGGACAGAAGAGAAGCCGCGCGAGCGCAGAUGGAGGUGAGGGUCUGAGCCAUCGAGAGUACUUUGAGCAGCUCUGGGCUGACUGUGUGGAAACUGCUGGUGGUAGGAGACUGCCGGACACAUUGCAAAUGCAACACAUCGCUGGCAUGAGGGCGCAAGGCCUCUGGGUGGGGCGCAAGAAAGCUCAUUCAAUACUCAUGGCUGCACGAGGCAUGAUGCACGAAGAACUACCCAGGUCCAGCAAGGAUGUCCUCGUAGAAGAGCUGGACACGCAACCAUGGCAACUGGUGGUUGCAGGUGCAUCUGACAAGAUCCUGGAAUCUCUGAUAGGACCUGGGAUCAAAGCUUUUAGGAUAGAGAUGCGCAGGAAGGAUCGCUGUCCCUACACGAAAGAUCCCAUGUCUGUCUUCGUCGCUGAGCGGGUGGAUGGCUGGAGGGUUAUCCACCAUCCGCAUGCUCACAAAGAUGAGGAGUUGCGUUUUGAAGACGAUCAGAACCAGAAGAUGUACGAGCCCGCUUUCCCCACUCGAGAUGAGAUGACCAGGGCCUUUCGACUGGCCACAGAUUGGUCCGUCAGAAACCGAUGGCGCGCAUUUCAAGUCAACGUGUUUCAGCAGCUCCUACACCGCUUCCAGGAGGAUUAUCGGCCCGGUGGCUUCCAGCUGACCGACUUCCGAAGAGGAGAGGGUGGCAGCGUGGGAGCUUUCUGCCGCCACCGAAUCCGACUUUCUGCGCUUCUUGCGAGAUGGGGGAGGACGUGGUGA